CCAGUUGAGCUCUACCCUUCUGCCUACGUGGAUUGCCAGGUUCUCUCUUGAUUGCCAGUUGAUUGUCAACUGUCGUUUGGCCUGCACUCGCCUUCAAAGGCUAAUCGUGAGCCACUUAUUUAUCGCUUCUUAUAGCGACUUGUAGAUUAUGUACAAAUAUCAAAGCGCAUCGUUUGAGCAAAUCCUCGAGAAACCCGAAGCCGAGAUGAAGUUUCGUGGCAAUGGAAAGCUUUUAUGGAAUUUGACGAAGAGUUCGCUUGCGCAGCAAUCUCAAACUGGGAUCGCGAAAAGAGCUCUCCCCGCAAGCAGCUACAGCCCCGCCAAGAGCAAUCCGACCUUGGAACAGCCAAAUCUGUUGAAGUACCAUGUUUUGCCGUUGGAAGAAACACUAAACCGCUUUCUGACCACUGUGGAACCUUUGCUGACAGCCCAAGAACUGGAACAACAAAAGGCAAUCACCACUGACUUCGCGGAAAACCAGGGACGAGAAUUGCAGCAGCUUUUGGAAGAAACCGGCAGUAAGGAGAAGAACUGGUUGGCCCAUCGCUGGCUAAAGACAGCCUACUUGCAAUACCGAGAUCCCGUCACCGUCUUCGUGAGUCCUGGCAUGACCUUCCCCCAGCAAAACUUUAAGGACUCUCAAGCCUUUGUUGACUAUACAGCCAGAGUUAUCUUUGGAUUAGGCGAAUUCAACGACAUGGUCCAUGCCAACAAAAUUCAGAUUGUUAAAAUGGGCAAGAACGAGCUGGACAACAGCCAGUUUGGCAAGGUAUUCGGCACAUGUCGGAUACCCAGAAGAGGAACAGACGAGAUCGUCUAUAAUCCAAGCUCUGAUUAUGUAGUGGUAAUCUACAAGAAUCACUUCUACCAGCUAAAAAUAUACAGCAAGGAGGGAAAGCUUAUCGCAGCUCCCAUUCUAGCUGCUCAGUUAGAAAAUAUCCUUUCUAAGGAAACGCAAGUGGGUGUUCCAUUCGGAAUUCUGACCACCGAUUCGAGGGACAACUGGGCCGAAGCCUAUGAGUAUCUGUCUGAAACGCCAGCCAAUAGGGAUGCCCUUAAGACCAUUCAGGGUGCUCUGUUUACUGUGUCACUGGACGAGAACACCACUUUAAAGAAGGGAGAAGAGGUCGAUGAACUGAUUCUUUCGCUGAUCCACGGAAGCGGCAGCAAAUCCAACAGCGGCAACCGUUGGAUGGACAAAACCAUCCAGUUAGUCGUGAACCCAAAUGGCAACGUCGGAUUCACCUAUGAGCACUCUCCUGCUGAAGGUCAACCCAUCGCAAUGAUGAUGGACUAUGUUGUGCAAAAGAUGAAAGAAGAUCAAAAGUUUGGAGAAAUCGGCGGACAGGACUUUACUCCAGCUCAGAAAAUACAAUUUUCUUUAAGUAAUAAAAGUCUAGAAAAAUCAUUGACUGCCGCCCAAGAAAACGUUGAUAAGCUUGCCGAAGCGCUUCAAAUGAAAGUUCUUAAGUUUGACGGUUUUGGAAAGGAUUUCAUCAAGAAACAGCGACUGGGUCCAGAUAGUUUUGUUCAAAUAGCGCUGCAGCUCGCCUUUUUCAAAAUGCACUCUGAGCCACCUGCGCAAUAUGAGUCGGCGCACUUACGCAUAUUCGAUGGCGGACGAACCGAAACUAUUCGGUCCUGCUCAAAUGAAUCCUUGGCCUUUUCUCGCGCUAUGCAGGACUCCAAUGCCACCGACAAGGAGCGGGCUAAUAAGCUACGUGAGGCUGUAGUGUCUCAUCAGACGUAUGCAAGGCUAGCUCUGCAGGGAAAAGGAGUCGAUCGUCACCUACUUGGACUGAAGCUUAUGGCUCUGGAGAACAGCAAGCCUAUUCCAGAGUUCUUUAAGUCGCCAGGCGUUCUGAAGUCAAGCCACUUCCGCAUGUCCACCUCACAGGUAGCCACUAAAUAUGAUGCUUUUAUGGGAUAUGGGCCUGCGACUGACGAUGGAUAUGCUUGCUGCUACAAUCCACGUGAUAAUGACAUUAUUUUGGCCAUAUCUACUUGGCGCCAUUGUCCGAUAACAGACCACUUGAAGUUCGCUAAGACUCUGGAGCAGUCAUUUUUCGAAAUGAAAAAUAUUCUAGAAAAGAAUCCUCCAGAGCCCAAAUCCAAAUUGUAAAAUUAUUUCAAAGAAAUAUAUUUUUUUCAGAGAUUGAUAACUUAA